AUAAGUUCAAAGCUUGAAGACCGUCCCCAGGCGUCCGGGUUCCCUAUCCUCCACCUCCCUCCCUCCUUUGCAAGCGCAAGCAAACACGCAGUAGGAACGAUGGCAGCCUCCGCCAUAUCAACGUCGUUUACUUUCUCUAAAGUUUCACGGCACGAACUGUUUUCUCAACGAAAUUCGAAGAGGAAAUUAAUUGUUUGUACGUUGCCGAGUCCAUACAGUGAUACUUCUAAAAUCGGUUUAUCAAGUAAAGCACAAAAAUUGCAGUUGACACCUGAGGAAAUGCACCCAAAUACUCUUCAUAAUUCAAGUUACAAUCCAAUUGUAGCAAGAAGAGGGGCUCCACCCAUAAUGCCAGCUGUCAUGACUCCAGCUCAACGAGUUAUAUCACAGCUUGUUACUUUAGCCACAAUAGAUGACAAGGCAGAUAUUCUGGUGUAUGUGAAUUGCCCUGGUGGGAGCACCUACUCUGUGUUGGCAAUCUAUGAUUGCAUGUCUUGGAUAAAACCUAAAGUUGGGACAGUGGCUUUUGGAGUUGCUGCAAGUGAAGGAGCACUUCUUCUUGCUGGUGGGGAAAAGGGCAUGAGAUAUGCAAUGCCAAAUGCACGUAUUAUGAUACAUCAACCACAAAGUGGAUGUGGGGGUCAUGUUGAGGAUGUAAGGCGCCAAGUCAAUGAAGCUGUUCAGUCUCGCCAUAAAAUCGACAUGAUGUAUGCUGCCUUUACUGGCCAACCACUGGAGAAAGUGCAACAAUACACAGAGAGGGACCGUUUCUUAUCUGUAUCUGAGGCAUUGGAAUUUGGACUCAUUGAUGGGAUAUUGGAAACAGAAUACUAGAUUAAUGGUGAUGAUUGUAGAUGAUGUGGCAACCGUGACUUUGCUGAUGUGGCAUGCAUCAUACCUGCAGGUUGGAAGUUAUAAAUCUUUGACUAGUCAAAUAUUUAUCCACUCAAAGGGUUGUUUGUCUAGUUGGAUUUUGUUUCUUAUUUUAGAUUGUAAUGUUAGAAUGUUAUUUGACAUAUAACUUUAGAAUCUAAAGUUAUGGUUAUACAUAUAAUGGAGUAAUGUAAUGUGGCUGUGUAAUUGAAGAUUAGGCUCUUAUUUAUUCUCACUAUUCUUUGCUUACACUAAAUGCAAGAAAUAGC